UUCACAUACACACUCCUACUUAAAGCACUACCAUCAUCAUCAUCAGCCAUCACAAUGACCCAACGAGCCAACCCUAAGACUGGCUGCCUCACGGCGGUAGUUCGCCGUCUUCUAUGCUCCGGUAGCCAACAAACUCACCCUUCCGAUAACAUCCUCGACUCUGAUGAAACACUCCAACUACUAAUCCCUUACGAAGAAAUCGAAGAGCCAAAGAAAGAGAUCAAAACCGAAACCGAAACCCAAAACGACGACGUCUCUCUUCAUCCUCCACCACCUCCUCCUCCUCCCAACGUUGUAGCCAAACUCAUGGGGCUAGAUCAUCCUGCACCGGGAUCAAAACGUUUCCGGUACUUUGAUGAUUCCGGUUCGGCUGUCGCACGGAGCAAAUCGGUUAACUUCAUGGACUACAUCCUAAGAGGUCACGAGGAAGAAGAAGAAGAUGAAGACGAGAAAGACGGUCAACGUCAGUGCCGGAGAGUCAAAGCUUCCGUUUCUUUCCGUGAGAUAGUCCCAACCUCGGCGAGAUGGAGCUCGAAUAACCAACAAAAGAAACAUGAUUUCUUGCUUUUGUAUCUCGACAAGCUCGACGAGAAGAGGGAACUUGUCGGAUCAUCGUCUUUUUCGAGGUCUAAAAGGUUCGAGAAGGUUGUGGAAGAUUCCAAGAAGCCGCCAUUGCCACCUCCGGUGAAGAAGAAGGAGAACGAGAAAGUUGCUAAGAAGUUUAAAGAUGAGCCGAGGAAAGUUGCGAAGAAGAAGAAGAGUGAGAAUCGAAAUGACGUUAACGGAGCCAAGAAAGUUCGUUGGUUUCUUUCUCCGUCUAAGAGUAAGUCGUCGGAGAAGACGGCGCUUCUAGGAGAAUCAAAGAAUAUUCGGGCUGAUGAGUUUAUCGGAAAAGAGAGUGAGUCGCCGGAGAAUAAGUCUAACGCGAGUCCGGUUUCGGUUCUUGAUCGAGAUCUUUAUGAUUAUCUAAUCCUUGACGAUGACUACUACUUCUCAGGAGGAGAUUCAGAAAGUGCAUCGGAGUUGUCAACAAAGCGAGUAGAGACAACAACAACAAAAUCUUCAUGUUCUUCAUCACCAGCAAGAACAAGGACAAGUACCAAGAAAGAAAACAACAACAGCAUCAACAAUGAUUCUGAAGAGACAGAGUUUAUCACAAAACUAAUGAAUAUGCUAUCAGAUCUGUCUGAAGAAGACAUGAAGUCUUCCACUUGGGUUUCUACUUCGUCAACUAAACCCGUUGACUUUACUCAGGUCGAAGAUUUUUGUGUCGAAUUUGGUCAAGAGAUUCUUGACCUUGUUAUGGACCAGUUAGUUGAUGAACUCUGUAUCUAGUUUAAAUUCUCAAUUAUCAAAAAUAUGUCGUUUUCUAAUCUUAUAAUCCAAUUGUUAACCAGAGACUCACAACAAUCGUAAUUUUUCAUCACUCCAUAUUUUCUUAAACUGUUAUGCCAAUAUAAGUUAUUGACCAAA